AUUUUUUAUAAUAUACAGACUGAAAAAUACAUAUAUAAAAAAAAAGAAAAAUAAGAGAAGACCAUUAAAGAUAUUAAUUUAUACAUCAAUUAAGAUACAUCUUAAAUUCUUUCAAGAAGAUGAGAAAAAUUGGUUUGUUGUUGAACUUUUGUGGGUAUUAAAUUUGCAAAGAAGAUCCGUUUCUGUGUGAACUUGGCAAAAUGAACAUCUCGUAUAAAUAUCACUUUUAUAUUUCUUCAUGAAAUGUUUGACAGGGUAAAAUUUCUUUAUUAUUUUCAAAGACAUUCUUUUACUUUAUUAGCGAGUAAGUAUUUUUUUUGCAAGGACCAGAACUUUUUCCUAUUUAAAUUUAAAAGUUAGUUAUUAAAGAUUGCAGGAGAUACAGAAAUAAUAUUUUCAAGAGCCUACAGUUCUCAUGACGUCUCUCCUAUCUUGUUCUAAUCGUAUUAUAAUAUAUUUUUAUAGAUAUGUUUUAUUAAAUGCUUAUCACACAACAUAAACACUUUACAGAGAGCUGUAACAAGACAGUCAAAAAAACAACAAUCGUGUUAUAUUCGUCAGUGCUGUAGGGGGCGCCAUGAUGUCAAGUACAAGCUUAUAACAGUACUUUCGAUUUUUGGGUUCUCAUCUCGGUAAGCACGUGGGAAUACGUUGGGAAUCCGACCAGAAUCCUGGUACGUGUUUAAAUAUUGGGAAAUCUAAGCUGGAAGUAAGUAUAACGGAUCAGAUGUCACGGUGAGCCGUCAACACGCUCCACUGCCGUUCCAGCUCCAAGACAUUCCAGUUUUCCAGAAGCAGAUUAGGGUACUUCCGCAUUAAGAGUCGUUAUCGCUGGUUAUGAGAGUGAUAUUUGUCAUAUAACUAAUGCGAAGGUCCAGACACACAAAAGUGUCAAAUAAAGGACCGAUGUCUUAUCAAAAAACAAGAAUGGGUCAGUCAGUGAGCGGGCACAUUCAUGUUGCUUCGAGGCAACGCAGAUCAGACAAAUGCACAGCUCUGCAGUCAGAUGUUCCAGAUGUUCCUCUAGCUGUGGUUGAGGAGAUCCUACUGAACCUGCCUGCACAUCAGGUGGUGCGAGUCUGUCGGCUGGUGUGUCGUGAGUGGAAGGAGUUGGUGGACAGUGCUUCACACUGGAGAGAGCGCUGUCGAAGAGAGGAGAUCCAGCCCUGUGAUGCUUCCAGACCCCCAGAGGACUGGCGCCUGUUUUACUUUCUAGCUAAGAAUCGACGUAACUUGCUCAAGAAUCCCAGAGCGGAAGAUGGACUUCAAGGAUGGAGGAAUGUACAGAAUGGAGGUGACUGGGUGGCAGAAGAAAAUAGAAAACCGUUUCCAGACAACAGUGUCACUAAAUGUUUUACAACAUCUCAUAGGUUAUGUAUGAAGGAGCAACUGAUUGAUUUAGAGAAAGAAGGUUAUAGUGCUGCUUUCAUGGAUCAACAGCAACCUCAUAUAAAAAUAUCAGACUGGUAUACCCCACUCUCUCUUUAUAGAAGUCAUUAUCAGAUCAGUGUAGAGUUGCUUGAUCAAGAGAAGAAAGCCAUCUGUGGCUAUCGUCCUUAUAAAGUUUUCUUUCAUCAGGGGGACAAUUAUCCGUGGUGUCCAAUGACCCACGUCUUUAGGAAUUAUGGAUGUGGGGUUCGGUUUAUCCGUUUCACUCAUGGAGGUUUGUCUGGAAUACGACUCACUAACAGUAGUGUGGAGAUCUGUCCAGCUGCAGAGAGGUUGAGAUGCACAAAAUCUAACUUGCUCAAGAAUCCCAGCGCACAAGAUGGACUUCGAGGAUGGAAGAUUGUACGUAGUAGAGGUGAAUGGGUGACAGAAGAAAAUAGGAAACCACUGCCGGACACGGUCACCAAAUGUUUUAUAACAUCUUAUGGGGUAUGUUUGAAGCGACAGCUGAUUGAUUUGGAGAAAGAAGGCUACAGUGAUGCUUUCAUGGAUCAAGUGCAACCUCAUAUCAAAAUAUCAGACUGGUAUGCCCCACGCUUUGACUGUGGAAGUGAGUAUCAGAUCUGUGUAGAGUUGCUUGAUCAGGGGAAAAACUCCAUCAGAACCUUUCAGCCUGAGAAAGUUAUAUUUUCGUUUAGGAACAGUGAGCCGUGGUGUCAAAUGACCCACGUCUUUAAGGAUUAUGGACCUGGAGUUCGGUUUAUUCGUUUCACUCACGGUGGGAAGGAUACACAGUUCUGGGCAGGCCAUUAUGGAAUACGGGUCACUAACAGUAGUGUGGAGAUCUAUUCAGCUGAGGGGGCCAGUCUUACAAAUCGUAACUUGCUCAAGAAUCCCAGCGCACAAAGUGGAUUUGAAGGAUGGGAGAUUGUACAGAAUGGAGGCGACCACUGGGUGAUAUCAGAAAAUAGGAGAACAUUUCCAGUCAGCGAUUGUUUUGUAACGUCUUAUGGGUUAUGUUUGAAGCAGCAGCUGAUUGAUUUGAAGAAAGAAGGUUAUAGUGCUGCUUUCAUGGAUCAACAGCAACCUCAUAUCAGAAUAUCAGACUGGUAUGCACCACGCACUGAUUGUGGAAGUGAGUAUCAGAUCUGUGUAGAGUUGCUUGAUGAGAAGAAGAAACCCAUCAGGACCUUUCAGCCUGAGAAAGUAUUCUUUCAACAGGGGAAGAGUGAGCCGUGGUCUCAAAUGACCCACGUCUUUAUGGAUUAUGGACCUGGAGUUCGAUUUAUCUGUUUCACACAUGGAGGGAAGGAUACAAAAUUUUGGAAAGGCCAACAUGGAAUACAGUGCACAGCUCUGCAGUCAGAUGUUCCAGAUGUUCCUCUAGCUGUGGUUGAGGAGAUCCUACUGUACCUGCCUGCACAUCAGGUGGUGCGAGUCUGUCGGCUGGUGUGUGGUGAGUGGAAGGAGCUGGUGGACAGUGCUUCACACUGGAGAGAGCGCUGUCGGAGAGAGGGGAUCCAGCCCUGUGAUGCUUCCAGACCCCCAAAGGACUGGCGCCUGUUUUACUGUAUAACUAAGAAACGACGGAACUUGCUCAAGAAUCCCAGAGCAGAAGAGAAGUUCAAUGGAUGGACGAUUGUACAGAAUGGUGGUGACUGCUGGACAGUGGAAGAUAAUUAUACAGAAAUCCCAAAUCACACAGUCCCAAAAUACUUUGUCACCUCUUACCGGUUAUGUUUGAAGCGACAGCUGAUUGAUUUGGAGAAAGAAGGUUAUAGUGCUGCUUUCAUGGAUCAAGUGCAACCUCAUAUCAAAAUAUCAGACUGGUAUGCCCCGCGCUGCGAUUGUGGGAGUGAGUAUCAGAUCCGUGUAGAGUUGCUUGAUCGAAAAAAGAAACCCAUCAGUACCUUUGAGCCUAAGAAUGUUUUCUUUCAACAGUGGAACGAUCAGCAGUGGUGUGAAAUGACACACGUCUUUAAGGAUUACGGACCUGGAGUUCUGUUUAUCCGUUUCACUCACGGUGGGAAGGAUACACAGUUCUGGGCAGGCUGGUAUGGAAUACGGGUCACUAACAGUAGUGUGGAGAUCUGUCCAGUAGAGUAGGGUUCGAGUCCAACUUAUUACAGUCCGAGUCAAGUCCAAAAGGGGCCGAGUCGGACUCAAAUGCGAGUCCAAAAGAGCUGAAUCUUAGUCGAGUCCAACUAAAUAUUACUGUAUGUCAAUAAGUCAUUAAGUUAGGGAUGCCCCGAUAUGAAUACGAUAAUCGAUAAUUCUUUAUAUUUGAAAGCCAAUAACCGAUAUAUUGACCGAUAAAUCUAAAUCCAAAUUUGUAUAUAAUUUUUGAGAGCCUGAUUGCAAAAACAAAAGUCUCAAUCCAUGUCCCAACAUGUCCCAUGUUUUAAAAAUUCAUUUUACACUCCUAUGGCCAACUUUAUCAAAACAAACAAACAAAAAUAUAUAUAUUAACUUACAAAUAAAUAAAAGAAUGCCUAAAUAAUGCAAACAAGUCAUUGGACAACAUUACUUGAGUAGGCUAUAAAGAAUCAAAAUGCAUGUGCCAUGGAUGAAUAGCAUGGAAACGGACAAUAAUGAAAUUAUUUAAAAUAAACCAUAUUGUUGAUGUAAAUGAUAUGAGGAAAAUAAAAGUGCUAUUUAUUAUUAAUAAUGCAUCAAUGUUUUUUUUGUUAUUUUAAAACAUCUAAAAUUAAUAUUACGGUUUCAAAUAAGAUUUAAAAACGCCAAUGCAAAUGAUAGAUUUUCGUGACACAAUCACAGACAACACUGGAUUCAGUUGCACUCUGACACUUUUUUUGAGAGUAAAAUGCAUCCGAGUCCGUGACAAGUGCAAGUUGGACUCGAGUCCGAGCUCACGUACCCCAACUCUGCUGUCCAGCUGCAGAGAGGGAGUGUUUUCCUGUUUGAAUUGGUUCUGUUAUGAGAAACGCUGUUCUACGUAAUGGUUACCUUAAAAGCCUUAUGAAAAUUAUAAGUGCAUCUCUUAUUGUUGUACAUAAUUUGAAGACUAUGUCAUAACCAUUCUGUAUUUGUAUUUAUUUUUUCACUAAGUAUAAAUAAGUAUUUAGCUGUUUAUAUUUAAAAAGGGCCAUGUUUGAGAAGUAACAUGAGAAAAGGUGAUUCUGACCAUUUUUCCUCCAUGCCAAAGUAAUAAAACCAUAUUUUUGACACCA